AUGUUUCGAAUAGUUGCUUGGUUACUUACAAUUUGUAACAAAUUUAGAUCGCUCGGGAGAAAACGCGAGUCUGGAUCAACUGAAACGGAAUAUCCGAAUCACGUAACACUCUCGGCUCAGACAGGAGCGAAGGAGAUGAUCGUGAAACAUGUCCAAAGACAUGCUUUCUCAGAGGAAAUCUUUGAUAUCGAGUCCUCUUCGGGAUCUAAGAAAGGAAAUAGGCUCUCGAAGUUGAAACCGUUCGUCCAGGAUCGCAUUUUACGAGUUGGAGGAAGAUUAAAACACUCAGAUUUGGUAUUCGACGCUAAACAUCCGAUGAUCAUGCCUGGUGAACACCACGUUACCCAAAAGAUUAUACUCCAUUAUCAUAUCCUAUAUGGGCACGUUGGAACUCAUCAAACUCUCGCUGAGACUAGGCAAAAGUUUUGGAUCUUGAAGGGCGUUGCAUCAGUCAGAAGAGUCCUACGCAAUUGUCACGAAUGCAAGCGACAGAGUGCAAGAUAUGGUGAACAGAUUAUGGCUCCUCUUCCACCUGUAAGAGUAUCGGAGGAUAGCGAUCGGGUUGCCUUUCCCUUUUCCGCCGUCGGUGUCGAUUAUUUUGGCCCAUUUCAUGUCACACGUGGGAAAUCAACCAGAUCAGCGAAAGCAACUUCAAGUUUGAACAAGCGUUAUGGAUGUAUUUUUACCUGCCUUCGAUACAGAGCUGUCCAUAUUGAAAUUGCAAAUGAUCUGUCUACGGAGAGUUUUAUCAACGCAAGUGUUACGUUUUGUAGCAAGAAGGGACCACCGUCGGUCAUUUACAGCGACAAUGGAACGAACUUCCGAGGGGCUGAAUUAGAUAUUUUAAAGGCGAUGAAAAUUUGGAAUCAAGAGCAAAUAAGAUACAAUCUACAAGAGAAGGAAAUUGAGUGGAAGUUCAAUCCACCAGCCGCUAGCCAUUAUGGUGGCGUAUGGGAACGUCUAAUUCGCUCUAUACGACGAAUAUUACAUGCAAUGAUCGGAGAGCAGUUAGUGAACGAGGAAACCCUGACAACAUUUAUAACUGAAGUGGAGAAGAACAGGCGUUCCAAGUGAAGCAGAAGAUUUGAAGGCACUAACUCCAAAUGAUAUCUUACUAAUGCGAAGAAAUUCUUGCGUUUCUCCAGAGGAUGAGAGAAAUCUCGAUCGAUAUCAAGCAAGAUGGAAACAAGUUCAUCAUCUUGCUAAUCAAUUCUAUAACCGUUGGAUUAAAGCGUAUUUGUCCCAACUCCAAGAAAGUCAGAAGUGGUUGAAAAGCAGACCCAAUUCCCGAGUUGGAGAUCUUGUUCUUGUCACUAGUAAAGACACAAUACGCGGUAAAUGGCCGAAAGGUUUGAUACAAGAAGUUUAUCACGACGAAGAUGGUGUAGUUCGAAGAGUUUCAGUACGAACAGCCGCAGGAACAUAUCAACGUGACAUUCGAAAGUUAUGUAUGUUAGAAGAACAAGUUGUAAGUUUACUUCGAGAACAAUCAAUCGCAUGAAAUCUAAGUACAUUUCUAGGACAGUUUAAGGACUUUAAGUAAAAGUCUCCCUACGAGAGUCUUUGGAGGGGAGUGUAAAGUCUGUGGUUACAUGAAGUGCAACACUAGAUUUUAUAAUAUACUAUAAAAAUGUGUUAUUUAUUAUAUUAGUUUAGUUAGUUGUUUUAAGUUAGUAGUCAUGAAUCAAGUUUAUUUGUUGAAGAUCAAGAUCAAUUUGGUUAUUGAGGCAUAUUUUCUUGUAAGUGUACUUUUGUUUUGUUCUGUAUUUGUCUACUUUUAUUGCUAAUAAUUUACUUGUAUUUGUAUACUUUGUAUAGUGAAUCGUACGUACUGUAUUAAGAAUAUAUCGCAUAAAAGAAUUGCCUCACCCUUUUUAUUUGUCUAAAUGGGAAGCAAAUACUGUAGCCCUAACAGGAGCGUUAUAGAUAGCUGUGGAGUGUUAUGGAUACCAGUGGAGUGUUAUAGAUAGCUAUGGAGUGUUAUACAUGCCUAUGGAGUGUUGUAGAUACCUAUGGAACGUUACAGAUACCUCUGGAGUGUCAUAGAUACCUAUGGAGCGUUAUAGAUACCUCUGGAGUAUUACGUAUGGAGUGUUAUGGAUGCCAGUGAAGUAGUUUAGAUCGCUAUGGUGUGAUAUGGACACCAGUGGCGUGUUAUAGAUAGCUAUGGAGUGUUAUGGAUACCAGUGGACUGUUAUAGAUACCUAUGGAGUGUUAUGGAUACCUGUGGAAUGUUACAUGUAGCUAUGAAGUGUUAUGGAUUCCAGUGGAGUAUUAUAGACAGUUAUGGAGUGUUAUGGAUGCUAGUGGAGUGUCAUAGAUCGCUAUGGAGUGUUAUGGAUACCAUUGGAGUGUUGUAG